AUGAUGGCUGUGUUAUGGGUGGUUUUAUUUUGGGCCUCAGUGAGCCUACGCGCUGUGACUGGUCUACCCAUUGGGGAAAUACCUCAAGUCUACCCUCAUGAGUCACAUAGUGAAGAAUAUGUUGGCUGGGGCUCUGAGGGUGGUUUGUAUACACUGCCAGCGCUGGCGUUGGUUUUAACAGCUGUUGGUCUCCUAUUUGGCUGUACAUGGUGUUACCAACAUAAGGAUUGCAAAGUGAGUACAGUACCUGUCAAUAAUGUUUUUGUUUAUAGAAUUACAUAA